UGGUGAGGUUCAAGUGGACUGCUGUGAGAUUUAUGGUGGUGAAGUGGGACCGAGCAGUCGUGCCAAAAGCGAUAAACAAAUGACUUCAUCGUUGUCCACUUAAAAGGCAGUGGUGCCAUUGUUGAACAGGAGAUGGUGAGCCUGUCGUGGCCCCUUUGGGGGAUGAUGGCUCUGGCCGAUGUCUGAAGGAGGGGAGGGGGCCUGGCAUCCUUGUAAGCCUCCUGUGCUGCCUUCUCUCCCUGCCCAUUUUUGCCAUCCUCUGGGAUCACCGAGGGGAGAGGACUGCUGCUAAGGGGAAACUUCACUGGGUGGGUACCAGGGAGGGGCUGCAGACCCUGCCCUUGAAAAAGACCCCUUUGCUGGUUUGGCUGUCGGGACAGGUGCAGGAAGUGCCCCGUCAGCUGGCGAUGGGCGAUGCGUGGGUGGCAGGAUUCUUCCCUGGGUUUUCUGCUCCUCUCCUCUGCGGAUCGAUUCAGCCUGUGGGUUCUCCCCUCCACCCAAUUCCCCCUCUCCUGGGUGGAGAAAGAGCCCACCUCGCGAUUCCCUCUCCUAGCCUAGGAGCCGGAAGGAUCAAUAAAUAGUCUGGCGGUCGGAGCAAUAAAUGCACGCGAGUCCCAGCCGUGGGAUUCGUUCCCGUCUCUUCCCAGCGUGCUCUGAAGCACUAGCUCCAGGCUUGCUCUUUUUGGAGGGAGGGGGAAGGGGGGCUGGAGACGCCGUUUCUCAUUAACGCAGAACUUGUUGGCGUGAAACGUCUCCGAAGGAUCUCGAGUUAGGAGAGCAGCUGUGCGUCGCUGGUUGUGUUUUUCCCCAAGGUGGAACUGGGCUCUUGCGAAGCUGAGGAGGCUUUGAGGAGAGGCUGGGCAGGCUGAGCGAUUCGGAGACGGUGUUCCCUCCUCGGGCGAAAGCUGGGUGGCUUUUACGCAAGGCCAGGCUCGCUGGAGGCUAAGCCACUGUGCAUCACGUAAAACACUAAGCUAAGACUCUCUCCCUAUCUGAACAGAGUUGAAGGCCACCUGACACAGCAAAACACACAGCGGCCAGGAAAAUUUAUUUAUCCCUGCUUUGGGGGUUUUGACAUACCGGAUGGAGGUUGCGGUAUCAGUGUCUAAAUAAUCAGUUUUCCAUGCAGCUUUGUGAUAGAAUAUCUGAGUAUUGAGAUGGUUAAAGGUCAGCAGCAGUGUCCCUUUGCAACCCUCCCCACCCCACCCCCCAAAAGCCUGUGCUUUCCUUUCUUUUUCUGCAAAGCAGAUGUUUUAUCUCUGGCGACAAAGUCCAGGUGAAGGAGUUACCACCGGCUGGGAAAGAAGGAAGAAGUGAUAAGGCCUUCUCAAAGUCCCCCAGGAAUGUCCUCUCCCUGGACUUUGCUCCUCAAGCGCCUUCUCUGGGGAAUAGUAGUAGUAGUAGUAGUAGUAGUAGUAAUAAUAAUAAUAAUAAUAGGAGGAGAAGGAGAAGAAGAAGGAGGAGGAGGAGGAAGAGGAGGAGGAGGGAGGCACCUUGGAGGUCCCUUUGAGUCCCCUCCCGCUUGCAUGAAAUUGGGGGAUGGAGGGAGUGAGACAGAAACUCUGCAGUGCAGGACGGAGCGGUUUUGAACCUUUUUCUGGUGCCGCGUUUUAUUUCCUUGAGAGGACGAAGAAGUUGCAGGGCAGGGGAGCUGCCUCUUCUGGAAGUGAGGAGGGAGAAAGCAUCUCUCUGGAUUUUGGGCUUCCUGCAUGGCCCAGAGGGUGGAGGAGCCCUGAGGGCGAGCAGAGGCUCCUGUGCUUUCCAACGCCAGACCCAGCUGGGCUCGGAGGGAGCCUUCACUGCCCCUGCCCUAGGCUCAACCUAAACCCCUCUGGUUGGCUCCCAAUGUAAUGCAGAUCCAUCCCCCCUCCAAUAAUCUGCAGCUUGCCCCCUGGGGUCCCAGCCUUGCUUUCCUCUGGGGAAACUGCCCAGAGCCACCUCCGGAGCAGUUCCACAGCCAGCGGGGUCUGCCUCCUGCCUGAUGGAACUGCUGCUCUGCUAUAGGCGGCAUCCGCAGGGGUUAAAUGGGCUGGCUGAAUACACUCCUUCCCAGGACCGUUUCUGUGGAGGGACAGCCUGCCUGCCGGAACAGUUUCCUGAGGCCAGAAGCAGCUGGGCUGGGAGCCAGGCCCUCGUGCGCAGAGGCCAAGCGCUGGCACCAUACAAGGAGGUGGGCCGAGGACUCACAAGCUCACUUCCUGCUUUGGGGCGGGGGCGUGUGAGUGUUUCCCAGCCGUCUCCCCCCCCCCCCCGGCUUUUGGAAGCUUUUGGUAUGGAGGGGAUCCUUCAGACUGCAAGGUUGGCUUCCUCCCAAACAGACCUGGGACUCAGCCGCUGAGUGGAGCUCUCCCUGAGGAUCCCAUCUAAUGCCGAGGCUGAAGGAGUCGCGUUCCCACGAGUCACUGCUCAGCCCUGGUAGCGCGGCGGAGGCUCUGGACCUCAGCAUGGAGGAGGAAGUGGUCAUCAAGCCCGUGCACAGCAGCAUCCUCGGCCAGGAUUUCUGCUUCGAGGUGACAACGUCGUCUGGAAGCAAAUGCUUUUCCUGCCGGUCUGCAGCAGAACGGGACAAAUGGAUGGAGAAUCUGCGACGAGCCGUGCAUCCGAACAAGGACAACAGUCGGCGAGUGGAGAACAUGCUCCAGCUGUGGAUUAUCGAGGCCAAAGAACUGCCCGCAAAGAAGCGAUACCUGUGCGAGCUCUGCCUAGACGAGGCGCUCUAUGCCCGCACCACUUGCAAGCUGAAAACGGACAAUGUCUUCUGGGGGGAGCACUUUGAAUUCAGCAACCUCCCGCCCCUGCGGAGUAUCGCCGUCCACUUGUACAAGGAGACGGACAAGAAGAAGAAGAAAGACAAGACCAACUUCAUUGGGCUGGUCAGCAUCCCGGCCGGCUCCGUUACGGGGCGCCAGUUCGUGGAGAAGUGGUACCCGGUCGUGACGCCCAACCCCAGCAAGGGCAAGUCCGGGGGGCCCAUGAUCCGCAUCAAGUCGCGCUACCAGAGCAUGAGCGUGCUUCCCAUGGAAACAUACAAGGAGUUUGCUGAGUACAUCACCAACAACUACAUGGUCCUCUGCUCUGUGCUGGAGCCACUGCUGAGCGUGAAGAACAAGGAAGAGAUGGCUUCGGCCUUGGUCCACAUCCUGCAGAGCACGGGAAAAGCCAAGGACUUCCUGACAGACCUCAUGAUGUCGGAGGUUGACCGCUGCGGGGAGAAUGAGCACCUGAUCUUCCGAGAAAACACCCUGGCCACCAAGGCCAUCGAGGAGUACCUGAAGCUGGUGGGCCAGAAGUACCUGCAGGACGCCUUAGGCGAGUUCAUCAAGGCGCUGUACGAGUCGGACGAAAACUGUGAGGUGGAUCCCAGCAAGUGCUCCUCCUCGGAUCUCCUGGAACACCAGAGCAACCUGAAGAUGUGCUGCGAGCUGGCCUUCUGCAAGAUCAUCAACUCGUACUGCGUCUUCCCUCGGGAGCUGAAGGAGGUCUUCGCCUCGUGGCGCCAGGAGUGCAGCAGUCGCGGCCGGCCGGACAUCAGCGAGCGCCUGAUCAGCGCCUCCCUCUUCCUCCGCUUCCUCUGCCCAGCCAUCAUGUCGCCCUCCCUCUUCAACCUGCUCCAGGAGUACCCAGACGACCGCACUGCCCGGACACUGACCCUCAUCGCCAAGGUCACCCAGAAUCUGGCCAAUUUUGCCAAGUUUGGGAGCAAGGAAGAGUACAUGUACUUCAUGAACCAGUUUCUGGAGCACGAGUGGACCAACAUGCAGCGCUUCCUCCUGGAGAUCUCCAACCCCGAGACCCUCUCCAACACGGCCGGCUUCGAGGGCUACAUCGACCUGGGCCGAGAGCUGGCCACGCUGCACUCCCUGCUCUGGGAGGUGGUGGCCCAGCUGGAUCAGAACACGGCCACCAAACUGGGCCCCUUGUCACGCCUGCUCAGGGACGUCAACGCCGCUCUGAGCAACCCGUCCUGCGUGCAGGUCUCUGUCACGAGCGAUCCUGCCACCUCCACCCCAAACGCUGGCAACGGCAUCUCUGUCGGGCUCCAGAAGAUGGUCAUUGAGAGUGACCUGUCUGGUCUGAUAGAUUUCACACGGUUACCGUCUCCAACCCCUGAAAACAAGGACUUGUUUUUUGUCACAAGGUCUGUGGGGGCUCAGCCGUCGCCCGCCCGGAGCUCCAGCUACUCGGAGGCCAAUGAGCCCGACGUCCAGAUGGCCAAUGGCAGCAAGAGCCUCUCCAUGGUGGACUUGCAGGACAAUCGCCUUUUGGACGGAGGGGGCGGUGGGCUGGGGGCCGCCGAAGCGCUCCCUGAGAGCCACCCCUCUGCCGGGCAGGCCUGGGGCACGCGGACUCAACAAAGUGGCCUAACAGGCACUGCCACCGUGCGCCGUUCCGCACAGACGCCCACCACCCCCAACGCGGAGAACGCCCCUGGCCGGCCUCAGCUGCUGGCCCCCCUAUCCUUCCAGAACCCCGUCUACCAGAUGGCGGCGGGCUUGCCACUCUCCCCCCGGGGACUGGCCGACUCGGGCUCCGAGGGCCACAGCUCGCUCAGCUCCCACAGCAACAGCGAAGACUUGGCGGCAGCCACCAAGCACGGGUUCAGCAACCCCACCGUCCCAGAGGACUUUGCCCGGCGUGCCGGAGAGCUGGCUCGCCGGCAGCUCUCAGUCUCUGAGAAGGGCGGGCAACCCACGAUGCCCCGGCAGAACAGCGGUGGCCCCCAGCGGCGGAUAGACCAGCCCCCACCCCCACCCCCUCCCCCGCCUAUCACUCGGGGCAGGACCCCUCCCUCCUUGCUGAGCACCCUGCAGUACCCCAGGCCGGCCAGCGGGGGCCUGCUUUCCUCCUCACCCGACUGGCCGGGCAGCGGUGCCCGCCUGCGCCAACAGUCCUCCUCCUCUAAGGGAGACAGCCCCGAAAUGAAACAGCGCACCAUGCACAAGCAGGCCCCUUCUCCGGUGAACCCCAAUGCGCUGGACCGCACGGCCGCCUGGCUCUUGAACAUGAAUGUGCAGUUUUUGGAAGAGGAGAACGCCGAGCCGGAAUGCAAGCUCAGGAGCAAAGAUGAGCUCAGCCAGGAGGAAAAGUAUCAGCAAGACGUGGCGGUGCUGCAGGACAAGCUGCGCCAAUCUUCCAAGAAGCUGGAGGAGUACGAGGUGCGGUUCCGGUGCCAGGAGGAGGGCACGCAGAAGCUGGUGCUGGAGUACCAAGCCCGGCUGGAGGAGAGCGAGGAACGGCUGCGGCGGCAGCAGGAAGACAAGGAAAUACAAAUGAAGGGGAUCAUCAGCAGGCUGAUGUCGGUGGAGGAGGAGCUCAAGAAGGACCACUCGGAAAUGCAGGCGGCUGUGGAUUCAAAGCAGAAGAUCAUCGACGCCCAGGAGAAACGCAUCGCCUCCUUGGACGCGGCCAACGCCCGGCUCAUGAGCGCCCUCACGCAGCUGAAAGAGAGGUACAGCACGCAAACCCGCAACGGGAUUUCCCCCACCAACCCGACUAAAUUGCAGAUCACCGAGAGCGGUGAAUUCCGGAACAGCAGCAGCUGUUGACCCCGGGACCGGCUGCUGCGGGUGUGCGAGCGAGCGAGUGAACGAGAGGAGAGCCCGGCCAAGCCCAGCACCCAGGGCGGGUGAGCUACCUGGCAUGGGCUGGGCCCUCCCCCGGCCCUCCUCCUCCAGCGGGCAAAGCCGAGUGGACCCCGAGCCCUCCUCGCCAGCGGCCCCUGGCCAGGGACGGAGCUGAGAGCGCAGACGCCUCUGACGGAGCAGGAGCUGAGCAGGUGUCCAAAGAAGAAGCUUCGGCAGCCAAGCCGGGUCACUUCCAGGGAUGCUGAGAGACUUCUGACACACCCGGCGCUGUCGUACCGCCUGGCACUGCCAGCACCCUGCCCGCUCGGUGCCGGGGCCUCCUCCUCCUCCUUCGUGGCACCUCCUGCCGGCCCCAGCAGACCUCACCAGGGGACGGAAUUGGGGCAGCUCAGGGGCUUCAUCACUGGCCAAGGGAGUCUCUGCAGAGGGGUUAAGUGCAUCUCUGUGUGAGUCCCUGAAGAAGGGGCGCUAGUCAGAAAACCUCAACCCCAGGCAAGAAGUUCAAACUCAGUUUAAAGAUGUUCCUCCCUCAGUGAAGUUAAUUUGGGGAUCCACCCUUAUCAGCACGAACCCCCUCUUCCAGUGCUUAGGCCCCCAACCAUUUCCACCCCCCUCCCAGGGCUGGAGAAAAGGCCAAAAAUGAAGGGGGAAGGGCAGAAGCUGGCAUCGGUCUGCUGCAGCCGGCUGCGAAGCCAAUGAUCUUCCCUCUAGGGACAGGUUUUGCAUGCCGUAUUCUGCAAAUGCAGCCAAGGAGUUCAGUGGCAGAAGCCCCGGUUUGGCAGCUGGUCCUCUUUAGGAAGGACAGACCCAAAAUGUGUGAAAAGGAGGUGAAAGCUGCAGAAGCCCCCCCCCCCGCCCAGCCCUUCCCAAGCAGCAAAGAUGAGAACCCACCUGGGGCAGCUUCAGAGUCCUGCAGAAGCCCAGGGAAAAAGGGCCGAAAGGCUGUUUUGUUGUGCCAAACAAUAAUAAUGAAAAAAGAAGUUUCCUGUUACUCAAUCAAACUCUUAAGCCCAAGAAACAAACCCACACCAGGGCACAGUGCAAUAAUGUGUUGGGGAUGCCGAGGCAGCCACAUCUCUGCCCGUGUCUCAAAAGGAGGACAACAACCUCUUUGCCAGCCUUUUCCAACCUGGCCCUUCGGGGGGGGGGGCAGAGUUAGAGAAUGGCUCCCCCUCGAUCUCCUAGGACUGAGGGAGCUGCCAUCCCAGAUAGGGAGGACCCCCCACUUUACAGAAACCUGCUCACAAGUGGGAUUUCUGCUUGGCGGGGCCUCUUGUCCCAAGUGGGAUCCAACUGGCCGGGGAGGGGCAUUACGGAUGCCCAGCGGCCGGCCUGCUUAGCAGCCCCGUUUCUCCAGCAACGUGCAUGGCAGGACCCUGCAUGAUGGCUGCCAGAGAAACACCAGAGGAGGAAAAAUGUCAGCCUCCCUCGCGUACGAAGAGCGGUAACUCCCUUUCUUUUUUCUUCCACAGUCUGCGUUAGGAAUAAAACAGCCCAAAGCCCAAAGCAGACCUUUCUGGAGUCUCUCCUCUUUUCAGGGGGUGUGGGUGCUGCGUGGGAAGCUUGCCACCUCGAAGAGGCCGCACAAAAGAGAGUAACUGAGCGAGGACGCAGCCCCCUCCCCUAAUCUGAACCGCUGGGCACUCCUAGCCGGGCCGGUGGGUCCGUGGCGUGCCUUGGCAGUGCGGUACGUUGUGAGACGGGGGGCACGCGAGGUGUGUAGGAGGCAGCAGCCACGGAGGAAGGCGAAAGAAGCCGGACGCUGAACCCCUCUUGCUCCAAGUGCUUCUCUGCCACCAUCCGACUUGGCUGCGUGCAAACUCUGGCCCCGGGUCCUUUCCCAGAAGACCCCGAGUUUAAUACUGACAACACCCCCACCUUGUGAUCCCACCUGGGCUCGAACAUUCGCAGACAACCAUGCUGCUUUUCUGCACCCCACUUUCUCUCUCUCUCUCUCUCUCUCUCUCUCUCUCUCUGGGGCGAAGGAAGAUCCGUGGCACCACCGGAGGCCUCCAAGUAGUAGUUCCUUGCCCCCCAGUGCCACAGGGGCCAUCUGUGGGGUGGGUGCCCAUCACCAAGGAGGGGGCAUGCAAAAUGGAGCACAGAUUUCCUCAGCCAUGGUGCUCAGGAGGGUCUUAGCCUGGACAAAGCAGCAGGGGACCAACCGCUUUUCCUUGCCAACCACUCCCUGGGGUCUUGGGGGGCAGCCCCCUUGCCACCCUAGAGCCAUAGCUGUUGGGUCAGCCAAUCCUCCCUUUGAGAGGGGCAUUAACCAGAAGCCCUUCCCAGCCAGCCGUACCUUAAGUAAGUGACUAACUGCGCUGUCCUUGGUCCUGCUGGGAACAUUUGCCAAACGCCAUGUCACAAAUGCUGGAAGCUGCUGUCAGUAAGCCCUCUCGCCUCGCCCACCAGAGGCCUAAGAUGCCAGGAGGGUCCCCUGUGCCGUCCAGCCUCUUGGGGCUCAGCCAGAUGGCCUCGACCCUUUUGUCUGAUCCCUCAUUUCGUCACCCCUCAAGCCUGCAUGGGUGGAAGGACACCCCAGCUCCGUUCUCCAAAUGGCUUGCACAGGGGCGCUGCUGCCGUUUUGUUUCCGUGGGGGUGCGAACCCCAUUUUCUCUGUUCUUGAACUUUCUGCCAUAUGAACUUGUUACGAUCUGUAAGAUUUUCAUUUUUACAACUAAUCCUUAUAUUACACUGAUCUUUAGAAGUUGUACAGGUUCUCUUUGUAAAAUGGAGAAAGAUGUUUUCGAGUAUCGAAUAUGAUGUGCCAUUUUUUUAUUUUUGCCUGACAAUAUCAGAGCGGCUGCUUUGAGGAGUUCAGCAUCAUGUUGCAGCCACGCAGGGAGAAGCCUUGGAAACCCCCAAAUAUGGAUGGUUCCACUUCGUCUGGGGGUCCAGUUCCUGUUGCUUGUUUUUGAAGUGAGCUUUGUGGUCCUGCUAAAUUCUGGAGGAAAAAAAGUUGAUACCAAAAAAGGCAAAGGUAUUUUUUUCCAAUGCGGGAUCCUUUCCGAAUUUGACACUCGGGCCAGGCCUGCUCGGUGGAACAGCACCAAGUUCCCAGUGGCUGAGCUGAAGGCCCUUUGGGGGAGCCACCCCCCCCCACAAUGGUAACCCACAAUGCAAAGGAACCAGAGGCCCUGGGUUCACCCCAAAUGCACACCUGGCUUUCUGGGUGAGACCCAGUGGGUAAAAAUCCGCUGAAUUGCUCUUGGGAUGAUGUGCACGUGCUGCUUGGGUGGCUGUGGUUAGUUGAACCCUCAACCUUGACCUGAUCUAACCGAGGGGUUCAGCCCCUUUGGCUUUCAAGCUGUUUGGGCAGGGAGAGCGUUUUGCCCAGCAUCCCCCCCCCCAUCAGAGCCCUCAUCAGGAUUGGAGGGCAAGCCACAGGCCCCCACCCAGCUCCCUGGCAGUGCUCUCUGUCCAGCACGAGAGGCUGGAGGGAUUUGGCUUGACCCCAGAGCAAAGCAGCCCAGCUCUCCCCCUGGCAGGCCAGGCCACCCAGCUGGGCAUCGGGGUGCAGAAGGUGGGCAAAGGAAAAGCAGCUGCUGGUGUGUUUUCCCAUCCGGCCCUCCUUCUCCACCACUUGCCAGACCAUGCCACGAGGGUCUGCGUGGCCCCGGGGAAGGGGCCCCUACCUAGAAGAUGGGAGAUGAAAGUGUUCACCAAAACCCUGGGGUGGGUGGGGGGGUCAUCUGUUGGGGAAGGAUGGUGAUCUUUCAACCAAAGGGGACUCCCUGAAGUUGCUCUGUGGUUUGGCACCCGCUAUGUGAAAAAAAAUCUCCAUGUGGUCUCCUUUCCCUUUUCCCUCCUGGACAGCAGCACUGUGUCUUCAUAUAUACCUCUCUGGUGCCCACAGGCACCCUGGGUCCCUCUUGCUCCCUGUUCAAACCAGUCUCCGUGUUUUAUAGCCUCUUCUAAAAGAAACCAAGCAAAAAAAUGACAAUAAUAAAAUAAUUUUUGUAAGUAUGUUUAAUAAAUUAAUAAUGAAUAAUAAUAAUAAUAUGAAGCCGAGCGGCAGGACUUGCCGAGUCGUUUCCUUCAGUUUUGCUGUCGAACAAUGUACAGAGAACGUAGUUCGUAUCCGGAGCAAAGAACCAUGAUGUGUGUGUGCCAUUUAUGUACAUUUGCAAUUAGAAAAAUAUUAAAGAUUUAUUUAGCUAUUUUA